AGUACCUAAUUAAUCACUUAACAGAAAGAAGUCUCAAUGAAUAAUCUUACAAUUCUCUUUUUUGGAUUUUUCAGUGUUACUAGCUUCUGCAAUGGAGUCUGCAUAGAGAGGGAGAAGCAAGCCCUCCUAGAGCUGAAGCAGGGUCUGGUUGAUCCAGCAGACAUUCUCGCCUCUUGGGUUGCUAAUAAUGGAGAUUGUUGCGGAUGGAAGGGGGUUGUCUGCCAUAACUUGACCGGCCAUGUCCUCCAACUGCACCUCAGUGCUCCCACUGAUUAUUUGGACAUAUAUGAUUCUGAUGAUGAUUUUCGUGAGGAUUAUGCGACAUCACAAUUGAGCGGUAAGAUAAGUCAUUCUUUGCUCCAUUUGAAGCAUUUGAAUUAUUUGAACCUUAGCCGCAAUGAUUUUAGAGGAAUUCAAAUUCCCAAGUUCUUUGGCUCUUUAAGGAGUUUAAGAUGCCUUGACCUCAGCAGAGCAGGAUUUGCAGGGAAGGUUCCUCAAUAUCUUAGAAAUCUCUCUAAUCUACAAUAUCUCAAUCUUCAUGGUCCAAUCCCUUGUGGUUUUCAAAAUCUAACUCUUUUGAAGCACCUCGAUUUGUCAUCAAAUCAUUUCAACUCCACAAUACCUGAUUGGUUGUACAAUUUUAGCCCUCUUGAGUUUUUAAAUCUAAUGGACAACAACUUGCAAGGUCAAAUUUCUAAUGCCAUUGGAGAGAUGAGCUCAGCUAUUCACCUGGACUUAUCUGGAAAUAACAAUCUUGAAGGGAAAAUUCCAAGCUUCUUUCCCACUGUUGAUCUCAACUCAAACAACGUUACUGGUCCCUUACCUCCAGUCUCUUCCAAUUUGUAUUUCCUAGACCUUUCUAAUAAUGGUUUGUCUGGUUCCAUUAACCACUUUUUGUGUCAUGAGAUGAAUGCAACAAUGGCAAUGCAGAUUCUCAACCUUGGCAACAAUUCUUUAUCUGGAGAAUUACCAGACUGUUGGACCAAGUGGUCAUCUGUGAAUAUCAUCAUAUUAUCUAAGAAUAGAUUUUCUGGUGAAAUUCCUAGUUCAAUUGGAACUUUAAGAGACCUCAACUCAUUGCAUCUUCAAAACAAUAACCUCUCGGAAGAAAUACCUUCUUCUCUAAGAAAUUGCAUUGAGUUACAAGUACUUGAUCUCAGUGAAAAUGAAUUAGAUCGGAACAUCCCGCCAUGGAUUGGUAUUAACCUUACAAAGCUGAUAAUCUUGAGCCUCCGUUCAAACAAGUUUUGGGGACAUGUUGGAGCUAUGGCAUGAAAGCUGAAAAUGCAGUGAAAUGAGAUCUGCUAAAUGAUGCUGCAACAUGAUUGCACAGUAGCAGCAAAGUGACAGCAGCAUGGAACUUCACAUGGGCUACAAGAAAUGGCAGCAAACUUCAUCAUUUUAGUCAAUGUUUUAGGUAGUUAAUAAUUAUAGUUUAGGUAG